UACUUUAUUCUUCUUUUCUGGGAGAUCGGGCUUGCAAAUUGCUCUGCAUUCUCUUCCGUUGAUCAUGCACUCCUUCGUAGAUUUGCAUAAGUUCUCUUGGUUUAUGCGUAAUACGUCUUUUCUGGAGUUCGAGUAAAAGACAGUGUGGCGGAUGCAGUGCCACCGGUUUACCGUAGAAUUUUGUUCCCUUCGUCUGAGAUCUUAUUAUUGUUCAAUUAAUUCUUCUGUGUGCUUCCUGUGUCGCUGCACGCAUGCAGUUUUUUGCUGAUUUCCCCAAGUGGACUUCUUCUUUGAUUGCGAAAAGAAUAGUUACUGUAUUUGAGCCAUUCCUUAAUUCAAGAUUGGUUCUUAGCGAAGAAUCUGAACCUCUUGAUUUUUUUCUCAAAGCACGUGAGUCCUUAUCACGUCCAUGAUAUCUCGGACGACAGGACAUGAGGAACAGAGAACCAGAGAGUUCUUAAUUGGCGAGAAUUUUGCACAUUGUUGCUGUAGAAAAUUCGUGUCUACACGAUUCGAAUCUAUUUGUACCUUAGAAGAUUCUUCACAUUGAACGGGAAUCUUGAAGCACUGUGUACAGUAGUCAGCCGGCGCAGUUGAGUGUUGUAGCGAUGCUACUUGUGCAUUCGUGAUAGAGAAGUUGGCUGGACAGACCUUGCUUAUUUGUUUUGUUUUUGAGAGACCUUCUUGGUAAAGAUAGUGCAUUAAAUUCCCAUGAUAGUUCUCUGUGCAGACAAGAGAAACUUAGAAAUCCUUCUGUGAGCAUUUUCUCCAAGAUUAUCUGAUAUUAUCAUGCUUUUCCAGUAGAUCCUGUAUCAUUUUGUGCGAAAGUAUCCUACUCAUUUCAUACAAAACCGAGGAACAUUCGUGGAACAAAAGCCGCUGUGGCCUGGUGAACCGCGAGUGCGCCACACUGGCGAUAUCCAUGGUUAGGGGCAGACAUCAGAAAUCGUUCUAACUCGAUCUAGAAGAGUACUUGACGUAACAGUUUGUGAAUUGCUUUUUGAGCGCCUACGCAGUGCACGUUCGGGGGAAGGAAUGUUCUGUGGUGUCAUUAGAGGAUAAUACCGUGCCCUUGAGAAACUCCUGGAGUUCGUGCAGAGUUGAUCUGGAAAGCUGUACAGCCAGCUCUACCUCGAAGUGAAUUCGCAAACAGAGAAUUCUUGUAGCACGAAUCUUUGAAGUUUGUAGAAGUACAUACCUUCUCUUGGAUUUGACGGAUACAGGAUUGCUGCAGGCAUGUCUGCGACGGAGGAGCUUUAUCCUUUUCCAGACUCUAGCCAAGUUUUUCUUCCGAUGGAGUUUUGGCCAGAAUUUCUUGCAAGUACUACAGGAACCGAGUUUUUAGCUGGAGGAAUGGGAGGAAUGGCAGGAGUAAUGGCGGGCCAUCCCUUGGACACUGUAAGGAUUCGAUUACAACAGCCACGGAUCGUAGCCUCCACUGCGCCAACCACUGCAACAGGUCUAAUUAAGCACAUCGUGUCAACAGAGGGGCCCAUGGCUCUUUUCAAAGGCAUGGCAACUCCUCUGGCUACUAUUGCAUUUCAGAAUGCAGUUUCUUUUCAAGCUUACGCACUCUUCUCACGAGCCUUAUCAGAUCCUGGAAGUCAAAGCCCUCUUUCGUAUGAAAAGGUGGCUAUUGCGGGCAUUGCAGCGGGCACCAUACAGACGGGCAUAUUGACACCUGUAGACCUGAUUAAGAUAAGGUUGCAAAUAGCCACAGAUCGUCGAGCCCAAAGGAAGACUUUGAAAUCUCAGCAAGCUGGACCGCUGGGACUUGUGCGAAAUAUUGUGCGUAGAGAAGGUAUCAAAGGUUUGUAUCGCGGCUGGAAUGCUACAGUAAUCCGAGAUGGACCUAGCCAUGCAGUUUACUUUGGGACAUAUGAAUAUGUACGAGAACUGCUGCAUCCUGGCUGCAGAACGAAUGGUGAAGAGUCAUUAUCGACCAUGCUUGUGUCUGGAGGUUUAGCCGGAUCUCUGAGUUGGUUGUGUUGCUACCCCUUAGACGUUGUGAAAUCGAGACUUCAAGCACAAUGUGCAGGUGGCGCUCCCCCUCAAUACAAAGGCAUUAUGGAUUGCAUUCGCACCAGUGCCCGACAAGAAGGUAACAAAGUGUUCUGGCGGGGCCUGGGACCUUCGUUAGCGAGGGCGUUUCUGGUAAACGGAGCUAUCUUUUCUGCAUACGAAUUGUCUUUACGAUAUCUAAGUCCUCGCUCUCCAAAUGGUGAAAUGUAGUUUCAACUCGUCUCGUAAAUAGUGGGUGUUUGGAAAUUUUACAAACAACAGCCGCAAAGAUCGUGCGAUGCAUGGUAAUAUAGUGUUAGUUCAAAGGUAGGUCCAUGUGGUGGAUAACAUCAAGGUUAGUUCAACAGUUUUCAGGUUUAAAAUAUUCUUGCAUUGUACAGUAGUUCUAUAAUUUAAUCCCUCUGGACAAUGCGUGCUAGGGGCUACAUACGUGGUUAAAACAUUGUGCAAGCGAUGUGCACCAUACAUUUCAUCAGAGGCUAGGUCUUAGUUUAGUUAUAGGCAUACCUUUGUAGCGAGGAUUGACCAGAACAAUCUGGACUUAGUUUCAUAUCUUGAUAAUGCUGAAGUCAAAAAUUUGUGCACCAUU